AUGACAUUAAAGGCAUUUAUCAAAGGAUUUUCUUAUAUUUCUAAUAUUUUCUGUGAAUCUUUAAUAAAAAAUGGUUAUAGAGUAAAAGGAUAUGCAAAAUAUUUUAUAUUUCAAUCUUUUGUAGAUAAAAAUAUAAAACAAACACUAAAAAGAUCGAAUAAUAUAUCAAAUGAUUACAAAUAUGUUUUUAUUUCGAGACCUAUCGCUUUUUCAUUGGUUUCACGGACUAUUUAUAAAGUUUUGAAAGUUUCUAUUUCAGGAAGUUUGUUAUUUUUUAUAGGAAUUAAUUAUAUAAAUUAUAAAAUUCAAGUUGGUAUAUCUUAUUUUAAGGAUUUAUUUGAUUGUUAUACAAUUUAUUUAAAGAUCAUUUUUGAGUUUAUUAAACAAAAUAUUUUAUCAAAAAUUGAAGCGUUUGUUUUUAAAAUAUUAUUUUUAAGGGAUACUUUUUUAAAAAUGGAUAAAUUUAUAUUAAGCUUAUGUGACAUCAUGGUAUCCAGUAUAACAUCUUUACUAAGUUUUAGUCAAAAACAGCAUAUUGAGAAUUGUGUAGUUCAUGAUAUUCCUGAUAAUAGUCAAAUGGUUUUGUUAAUAAAACGAAUGAUUGAAAUAAAAAAUAUAUUACAGCAAAUUAAACAAAAUGAGAAAUUUGCGUUGCCAAAUAUAGUUGUAAUUGGUUCACAAAGUUCUGGCAAAAGUUCUGUACUUGAAGCUAUCAUAGGGCAUGAGUUUCUACCUAAGGGGACAGAUAUGGUUACUAGAAGACCUAUUGAAUUAACCUUAGUUCAUACAUUUGGUGCUGAUGAAUAUGGUGAAUUUCCUGAUUUAGAACAAAAAAGAGUUAGUUUUGAUCAAAUUCAAAAAAUAAUUACGGAUUUAAAUUAUCAUAUAUCAGAGAAUGAUUAUAUUUCUGAAGAACCUAUUAAAUUAAAUAUAUUUUCAUCAAAUGUUCCAGAUCUUACCUUUAUAGAUUUACCUGGAUAUAUUCAAGUUGAAAGCAAAGAUCAGCCUGUUUCCUUGAAAGAGAGAAUUAUAGCGUUAUGUGACAAAUAUAUUCAAGAACCUAAUAUUAUUUUGGCUGUUUCUGCAGCAGAUGUUGAUCUUGCAAAUUCUGCUGCAUUAUCUGCUAGUCGUAGAGUUGAUCCUGAUGGUAUUAGAACUAUUGGUGUAAUAACUAAAAUGGAUCUUGUUACUCCAGAAAGAGGGUAUAAUAUAUUAAAAAGUACGAAUUAUCCUCUUAAACUUGGAUAUGUUGGGGUUAUUCCUACAUUCUCGUUUUAUCCAUUUGAUAAAAAUAUUAAUUUAACUAAUUUGAUAGCUAAAAAUGAAAAAAAAAUUUUUUCAAAUUUUCAGGGAUUUAAUAACACUGAAUGUUUUGGAAUAAUUAUUUUGAGAAAAAAACUGGUGCAAGUACUUGAGAGUUCAAUGAUGCAUAGUUUAAAGAAUAUAUAUGAUAGUAUUAAAUCUGAAUUAGAAGAAACAUCAUAUCAACUUAAAGCUGAAUAUAAUGAUCGAUAUAUUACUCCUGAAAUCUAUAUGGCUGAUCUAUUAAAUGUUUUAAAGUAUAGCUUUAAAGGAUUUAUUGAUAAUUUUGGAAAACCACAAAUUCGACUUAUAUUAAAAGAUAUUUUAAAUCAAAAGGUUUUGGAUUUGUUAGCAGAGAGAUAUUGGACAGAUAAGUCAAUGAUUGAAUGGUCUAAAAAGUCUUCUGAUGAGACAUAUUGGAAACAUAAAUUAGAUGUGUCUACAUCAUAUCUUACAAAAUUAGGUAUAGGGCGUCUUGUUACUGAUUUGUUAAUAUUUGUUAUUGUUUCUGAAAUGGGAAAAUUGGCCCAAGAAAAUCAAUUUAGAAUCCAUCCUUAUAUAAGUCAGUGUAUUCUUCAAUCGACUCAAAAUAUUUUAAAAGAAAAUUAUUAUAGUACUGUUAAGCAAGUUGAAAAUUCUGUGAAACCUUAUAAACAUGAGAUUGAUAUUGAUGAAAGUGAAUGGGAACUGGGAAGAGAACGUUCUUUGAAAAUUCUGAAAAAUGAAUUAAAAAUGUGUAAAGAUGCUUUUGAAAAACUUAGGAAUUCUGUAGGGAGUAAGAAAUUAGAAGAAAUAGUCAAUUUGAUUAUUAAUACGAAAAAUGGUUGUGAAAAUGUAGGAUACAAUAAGUCGUUGAUAAAAAAAGGUCAACAUGCUAUUUUUUUAAGAAAUAGAGAAAAUAUUUUAAAUAUAAGGUUAAAAUUUUUGAAAUCCAAAAAAUGUAAAAAUAUCGUUAAUAAACAUUACUGCCCUGAAAUUUUUUUAGAAAUUGUUGCAAAGAAGUUGGUUGAUAUUGCUGUUCUUUUUGCUAAUGUAGAAUUGCUUUCUGAAUUCGCCCAUAAGUUUCCUCGAGAUCUUGAUAAUCGACUUGUUUAUAAUUUAACAUCUGAACAAUUAGAAAAAAUUGCUAAAGAGAAUUAUGAAACUCAAAAACAUAUUGAUUUACAACAAAGAAAAGCUCUUUUAGAAUUAGUUUUAGAAAAAAUAAGUCUUUUAAUGUUAUUUGAAAGAACUUAUGAGUGA